AUGGAGAGAAAUUUACACAAAUUCGAGCUCGUUUUGAUUCUUGUGGCGAUUUCGGCAGUUGUGUUGGAGUUUUACGUGAUAAGAGAACCAUUUUGGUCUGCGGAAAGCGUUGCGGAAAGAGUAAUAGAAACAGAAAAAACGUACAAGGGCCUUUGGUCAACAUGUCUGUACAUAGGAUCGUACAGAUACAGCUGCGACAGUCGACCUCGUUCUUUGUUGACUCCAGGAAACUGGCAUGUUCUUUGGUGUCGAAUCUCAACAACCUUCGGAGCUAUCUUUGGCAUUCUUUCCACGGGAGGAAUUUUCAUCUCCGCUGAUUUAGUCGAGUUUUAUAAAGGGAAUGUUCGAUAUACGGAUCAUCACAAAAAACGUGGAUCAGUUACAUUAGUGCCGCCUUACUACGACUUCGGCGGCUGCAUCGUCAUCUCCUGGUUGGUUUUUAUUCUCAUGGCGUUUGUUGGAAUCGGAUCGAUUAUGAAGCAGCGAUAUGUGCAGUCAAAUAGAUACUGCGUCAAAUUCGAGUCAGAUGGGCCUGCAACUUAUCAAACACGUGCCACAAAGUCCUUCACCAAUCCUUCCUUCACUAUUAGCUCAGAAUAUAUUUAA